GAAGAGUUUGUGCACUUUGGAAACUCGAUAGGAGGCAGCAGCUGAUCUUCCCAUCACCAGCCUAAAAAUAAUCCACUCCAGGGCUUGGAGCGGCUUCACUAAGUGGAGGAAAAUCCUGCCAUCGGGAUGAUAUUGAUCACAUAGCACAACCGAGUGACACUUUGGGUUGGUAUUUUGGGGUUGUGUUUGCAAAGUCAUAAGUACCUUGCAGAGCAUGACGAUCAGAGUGAUAAUUCAGAGAAUGGGCCAAAUUCUCCAUCAAAUUGUGUUACAGCACAUGGACUGUUAGCAGAUGGUGCUUACUGAAGUUUGAGUCAGUUGACCCUCAGCUUUUGCCUCACACCAAAGGGAAGGCGAGCACUCUUGGUAGUCAACAUUUCUCCCAUUUCUGUAGUAGCCAGGCCCUCUGGAAGAGAUGAGACUUGCAUUUUGUGGCAAUGACAACGCCUCAGCCUACAACAUCAGUGCUGGUGUCCUCAGGAAUGUCUGCUUUGUGGAUGCCCUCAACUUGGUCCCUCAUGUCUUCCUGCUGUUUAUCACCUUCCCAAUUUUGUUCAUUGGCUGGGGAAGCCAGAGUUCCAAAGUGCAGAUUCACCACAAUACCUGGCUGCACUUCCCUGGGCACAACCUGCGGUGGAUCCUGACGUUCACCCUGCUGUUUGUGCACGUGUGUGAAAUAGCAGAGGGGAUUGUUUCUGACACACAAAUGAAAUCUCGCCACCUGCAUCUCUUUCUACCAGCUAUAAUGGGAUUUGUGGCUGCCACUGUAUCCAUAGUAUAUUACCAUAAUAUUGAAACAUCCAACUUUCCAAAGUUACUGCUGGCCCUGUUUCUUUACUGGAUAAUGGCCUUUGUCACCAAAACCAUCAAGCUUGUCAGGUACUGCCAGGACGGGGUGCCUUUUUCUCAGCUGCGUUUCUGCAUCACUGGAAUCAUGGUCAUCCUCUAUGGGCUGCUGAUGGCUGUGGAGAUCAAUGUCAUCCGAGUCAGGAGGUAUGUGUUCUUCAUGAACCCUCAGAAAGUAAAGCCUCCAGAGGAUCUGCAGGAUCUGGGGGUGAGGUUCCUGCAGCCAUUUGUCAAUUUGCUCUCAAAGGCAACUUAUUGGUGGAUGAACACUCUCAUUAUUUCUGCUCACAAGAAACCUGUGGACCUGAAGGCCAUUGGGAAGCUCCCAAUUGCAAUGAGAGCACUGACAAAUUAUGUCUGUCUCAAAGAAGCCUACGAGGAACAAAAGAAAAAGGUGGAGGACCAUCCCAACCGGAGUCCUUCCAUUUGGUUGGCCAUGUACAGCGCUUUUGGACGGCCAAUCCUGCUCAGCAGCACCUUCCGCUACCUGGCUGACCUGCUGGGCUUUGCUGGGCCACUCUGCAUUUCUGGGAUUGUCCAGGGCUUCCAGAAUACAACCAAUAAUACAAAUUCCACAGAAAAGGUGAGGGAUCCAUCAAACUCCUACCUUUCAUCAGAGGAAUUCCUCAGGAAUGUUUAUGUCUUGGCAGUCCUUCUCUUUCUGGCCCUUAUUCUGCAGAGGACAUUCCUGCAGGCCUCCUACUAUGUGACUACAGAGACUGGCAUCAACCUCCGGGGUGCCCUACUGGCAAUGAUAUAUAAUAAGAUCCUGAGGCUUUCUACAUCCAACUUGUCCAUGGGAGAGAUGACGCUGGGACAAAUCAAUAACUUGGUUGCCAUAGAAACCAACCAGUUGAUGUGGUUCUUGUUCCUGUGCCCCAAUCUGUGGGCAAUGCCUGUUCAGAUAAUAAUGGGUGUGAUCCUCCUCUAUAACCUCCUGGGAGUGAGCGCCUUGGUGGGGGCCGCUGUCAUUGUGCUCUUAGCUCCCAUCCAGUACUUCAUAGCCACCAAGCUGGCUGAGGCUCAGAAGAGCACUCUUGACUAUUCUACUGAGAGAUUAAAGAAAACCAAUGAGAUACUCAAAGGCAUUAAGCUAUUAAAGCUGUAUGCCUGGGAGCACAUAUUUUGUACAAGUGUGGAAGAAACGAGAAUGAAAGAGCUCACCAGUCUCAAAACCUUUGCACUUCAUACAUCUCUUUCCAUUUUUAUGAAUGCAGCCAUACCAAUAGCAGCUGUUCUUGCAACCUUUGUGACUUAUGCAUACACCAAUGAAAAGCCACUGCAGCCCGCCCAGGCAUUUGCAUCCCUGUCACUGUUCCACAUCCUGGUCACACCUCUGUUCCUGCUCUCCACCGUGGUUCGUUUUGCAGUCAAGGCCAUCGUGAGUGUUCAGAAGCUGAAUGAGUUUCUCCUGAGUGAUGAGAUUGGAGAUGACAGCUGGAGAGGUGGGGACAGCUCUGUACCUUAUGAAUCCUGUAAGAAGCACACAGGACUUCACACCAAGGCCAUCAACAGGAGGCAGCCCCUGAGGUAUCAGCUUGAAAGCUACGAGCAGCCAGCAAGGAAGCAGACACGGCCUGUGGAGAUUGAUGAUGUGGCCAUUAAGGUGACCAAUGGAUACUUUUCAUGGGGAAGUGGUUUAGCUACACUGUCCAACAUAAACAUUAGAAUCCCAACAGGUCAGAUGACAAUGAUUGUGGGCCAAGUUGGCUGUGGCAAGUCUUCACUUCUCCUUGCUAUAUUGGGAGAGAUGCAGACCCUGGAGGGAAAAGUUCACUGGAGCAAACUGCCUGGCAGACAGAUGAAUACAGAAGGAUACUUCAGUGUAAAUGAAACUGAACCUUCUUUUGAAGCAUCCAGAAGUAGGAACAGGUACUCCGUGGCUUACGCAGCCCAGAAGCCAUGGCUGCUCAAUGCCACCGUGGAGGAGAAUAUCAUCUUUGGCAGCCCCUUUAAUAAGCAGAGGUACAAGGCUGUUACAGAUGCCUGUUCUCUGCAGCCUGAUAUUGACUUACUGCCAUUUGGUGACCAGACAGAAAUUGGAGAAAGGGGGAUUAAUUUAAGUGGAGGCCAACGACAGAGAAUCUGUGUAGCUCGAGCACUCUACCAGAACACCAACAUUGUCUUCUUGGAUGACCCAUUCUCUGCACUGGACAUUCACUUAAGCGAUCACUUAAUGCAGGAAGGGAUUUUGAAGUUUCUACAAGAAGACAAGAGGACUCUUGUUCUGGUGACACAUAAAUUACAAUAUCUGCCACAUGCUGACUGGAUCAUAGCAAUGAAGGAUGGAAUGGUGCUUAGAGAAGGGACACUAAAGGAUAUCCAAAACAAAGAUGUUGAGCUAUAUGAACACUGGAAAACUCUGAUGAAUCGCCAAGAUCAAGAGUUGGAAAAGGAUAUGGAAGCUGACCAGACAACUCUUGAGAGAAAAACCCUCAGAAGAGCCAUGUACCCCAGAGAAUCCAAGUCACAACUGGAAGAUGAAGAUGAAGAGGAGGAAGAGGAAGAAGAUGAAGAUGAUAACAUGUCAACUGUCUUGAGGCUCAGGACAAAGAUGCCAUGGAAAACCUGUUGGAGAUAUCUGACCUCUGGAGGAUUUUUCUUGCUCUUUCUGAUGAUUUUCUCCAAGCUCUUGAAACACUCAGUUAUCGUGGCCAUAGAUUACUGGCUUGCUACGUGGACAUCCAUGGACAAUACAAAUGAAGCCAGGAAUGCUGAUGAGGAUAAGAGCAAAGAAAAGACUUAUCAUGUAGCUGUCUUCAGCAUCCUCUCUGGAGCUGGGAUUGUCCUUUGCCUCAUCACAUCCCUGACUGUGGAGUGGAUGGGCCUCACAGCAGCCAAGAACCUACACCACAAUCUCCUCAACAAGAUCAUCCUUGGACCAAUCAGGUUCUUUGACAUGACUCCACUGGGGCUAAUUCUAAAUCGCUUCUCUGCUGAUACAAAUAUCAUUGACCAGCACAUCCCUCCCACGCUGGAGUCUCUGACCAGAUCCACCUUGCUCUGCCUGUCAGCCAUUGGGAUGAUCUCCUAUGCCACUCCAUGGUUCCUUGUAGCCCUCGUGCCCCUGGGCAUAGCAUUUUAUUUCAUCCAGAAAUACUUCAGAGUUGCUUCCAAGGACCUCCAGGAACUUGAUGACAGCACCCAGCUCCCUCUGCUGUGUCACUUCUCUGAGACAGCUGAAGGCCUUACCACCAUCAGAGCUUUCGGGCACGAAGCCAGAUUUAAACAACGUAUGCUGGAGCUGACGGACACGAACAACAUUGCCUACUUAUUUCUGUCAGCUGCCAACAGAUGGCUGGAGGUCAGGACGGAUUACCUGGGUGCUUGUAUUGUCCUGACUGCUGCUGUCACAUCCAUCACCGAAGGGCCACACUCGGGGUUCGUGGGGCUGGGUCUCCUGUACGCUCUGACGAUAACCAACUACCUGAACUGGGUAGUGAGGAACCUGGCUGAUCUGGAAGUGCAGAUGGGUGCAGUGAAAAAAGUACACAGCUUCCUGAACAUGGAGUCGGAGAACUACGAAGGCUACCUGGAUCCCUCUCAAGUCCCCAAAGACUGGCCCCAGGAGGGGGAAAUCAAGAUUGAAAAUUUGUGUGUUCGCUAUGAAAACAACCUGAAGCCUGUUCUGAAGCAUGUGAAGGCCUAUAUCAAACCAGGACAAAAGGUUGGGAUCUGUGGUCGCACUGGCAGUGGCAAGUCCUCCCUGUCCUUGGCAUUCUUCAGAAUGGUGGACAUUUUUGAUGGGAGGAUAGUGAUUGAUGGGAUAGACAUCAGCAAAUUGCCUCUGCACACGCUCCGGUCCCGGCUCUCCAUCAUUCUCCAGGACCCAAUCCUGUUCAGCGGCUCCAUCCGCUUUAAUUUGGAUCCCGAAUGCAAGUGCACUGAUGACAGACUCUGGGAAGCUCUGGAGAUUGCUCAGUUGAAGAACAUGGUCAAGUCAUUGCCAGGAGGCCUUGAUGCCAUGGUCACAGAAGGAGGGGAAAACUUCAGUGUGGGACAAAGGCAGCUCUUCUGUCUGGCCCGAGCCUUUGUCCGCAAGAGCAGCAUCCUCAUCAUGGAUGAAGCCACAGCAUCUAUUGACAUGGCCACAGAAAACAUCUUGCAGAAGGUUGUGAUGACUGCCUUUGCCGACCGCACUGUUGUAACGAUAGCGCACCGGGUUCACACCAUCCUCACUGCAGACCUGGUCAUCGUCAUGAAGCGAGGGAACAUCCUGGAAUAUGAUACUCCUGAGAACCUGCUUUCCCAGGAAGAUGGCAUCUUCGCUUCCUUUGUCCGGGCUGACAUGUGAACAGCCACCCAAAGCAUUUUAACAGCUUAUUUUUAAAGAGAUGAAAUGCAAAUAUUUUCUACUCAGUGUAACAUCACUUUUACCUUUUUUGUUUUGUUUUUUUAGAGCUUCUUUCUUCACACUUCCAUCUUCCAAAAUAAUAAAGCCUAAUGCAAUACAUGUAUGCCUUGAAGCAAUAAAAAUGUCACUUUAUUCAAAGCUAUUAAACUUCACACGCACACACAUGCAUACAUGGAGGGAGAAAUUUUUACUUCCUGGGAAUUUGGCAUUUUCCUUAGACUUUUUAUUAUCUUUAUUUUUGUUUAAAGAGAGAAAAAGAAUGCACUAAUCUUAUAAACUUCACAUGUUAUGCUGGAACCAGCAAUCAAAUCGUGCAGUUUGUCAAGGAGACAAGAGGUUCCCCAGAUGCAUUCUGUCCCCAGAGAGAAAAAUUUGGAAAAACAUCCAAGCCCAUAGCACUUGGGGCAGUCUGCUGCAUUCCAAAGGCAUAAACUUUGCUCCCCAAGUUGUAGCAAAGGGGCAGUGAAUGAGGGAAAGGAAUUUCAUCAGGAAUAAGGACGUUUUUCCUGUCCUUCACUUUAGUAAGCACACUUCAGUUGUGACAGAACUAUUUUCAGUGCAACGACGGUUUAUUCCUACAGUCAGUUCCUAAAUCCAUAUUCAUUCUUCCAAUUUUCAUUAAAGAUUCAAAUCAUCCUAUGAUUAUGCAUGCUUUGAUAGGCUUAUAGAGGAAUUUUGUACAGUAUCUCAAGACUUUGUAUUAAAAUUGAUCUGAAUGUAUAAACUUGAUAUUAACCAAUUCUUUAAUCAUGUCUACUAAAAUAUUCUGCUUAAAGUGGCAUACAAUUCGCCAACCACUAAUUGUUUUAUAUGUCUUUAGUCCUUCAAGUUCUAUUUGGGGACAACCUUUAUUUUCCUUUACAUAUUUGUGGCCUACCUCUAAAUCAGAUCUAGUGCAAAGAGGUGUGAUUUUCAAGUUAUUGCUGCAUCCUCAAGAAUGUAGAUGAAAUCAGAUGCAAUAUUUACAUCAGACAGCUUUGCAAAGGUUGCCUCCACCUGACUUUCACACGUGUUUAGAUUCUGACCCAUGGGCAGUAAACACCCAGAAGGAGUUUCACAGGCAUAUUUUCAAAGGUACAGCUUGAGAGAUCAGCUUCCCUGGUAACAUUCAAGGUGAUUGUUAUUCAUCUGCUGCUACAACAUGUAGGAAGACCACUAAGUGUACUUAGGCCUAUUUUUAGUGUCAUUAAAAUAAUAUAAGGCCUGGCAUUUGCCCUCCUCCCCUGCCCCCGCAAAAUGCAAGAAUUUUGGAGAGGUUGUAGGACUUGAAAUUGGGUUUACAUUUAGUCUCACAGUGUAAAAAUGAUUUUUAAAUUGAUUUUUGGAAGUUUUUAUUUUCUCUGAUUAUUGAAAAUAAAAGCUGUGUGACACAACUAAACAAAAGAGCUCAGUAGUUAACAUUUUGUGAGGGGAAGUACUUCUGUGAUUUCCCUGUCUACCACUGUGAAAACAUUUUUGUUCUUUUCUGGAUCAAUUGCCUGUGCUUACCUUUGUCAUUCAAAUAAAAUACAUUUUUAAAAAGCAGAUGCCUGCAGCAGAUGGACAUAUUGUCCAAAUUUCACAGCCAAAAGGCCAAAAUUAUUCUUGAUUUAAUUUAAUUGUCUUCAGCGAAAAGAUAAUUGGAUUCCAUG